CCUUUUUAGAUAAUGAUGAUUAUCAAACUAAUAAAAUUCAUUUUUACUUUAUGGAUAAUUAUAUAUUAACAAUUUGUUUUAAAAAAAUAUCACAAUAAGUGAUUUUGAUAGUCUUAAAUAAUUUAAAAUAAUGAUUCAUUAAUCAAAAUCAUAAAAACAUGACAAAUAAACAAAAUACCUAAAAUCAUGGAGAGAGCAUGGCACAAAUUUAAUUCUCAAAUAAUAAAAUUUGUAAAUAUAUAUAUUAUCAAUCCAAAAACCAUUAGAAUAAAUAUAACUACAUAAGGAAUUUAACUACAUAACUUUAAAAUAUUAUGGGACUAGAGCUGACAUUGUUUUGUUUUAUUUCUUUUAACUUUAGCUAGAUUACAUAUCUGUAAUAUAAUAAAAAAUGAUAUGUACGAUUAUGUUUCAAAAAAAAAUCUGUAGGAUUGUAUUUUAAAUAAAUUGUUUAUAUUUAAGAUUCAUAUUUAUCUCAAAAAGUUUUUCAUCCUUUUUUUUUCAGUUUUGGAUCAAAGAAGUAAUCAUAUAAGGAACCUCAUCCCCUGUUGUAUUGAAGUCUUCUAUCUUACAAACCCCUAACACCUCAGAAAAUCUUUCGUGAAUUCUUCUCUUAAGUAUAUCUUUUCUCCGUAGAUCUUUGACUCAUCCGUUAAUAUUUCUUUGCUUUCUGCUUUGGUGACUUUCUUGUUAAAUAAUAUUCGUUAGAACCCUUGUAAUUUUCUGCACUUACUUUUGAGUCUUGUGUGCUAACGAGAAUUGUACUUUUUAUUGUUUUUCCAGAUGUCGAUACAAAUCUUUAUUAAGAUUUUUACAGGCAAGACCUUAACUCUUGAGGUCGAAAGCUCGGACACCACUUGCAAAGUCAAAGAAAAGAUACAAGAUAAGGAAGGAAUCCCUACAUACCAGCAGAUGCUUGUCUUUGAAGAAGAGAUGCUUGAGGAUUGCCGUCCCUUGGCUAUUUACAAUAUCCAAAAAAAUUCAACCCUCCACAUGAUUCUCAGGUUCACAGGUAUGAGAAUCUUCGCAAAUAUUUUUGAAGGCAAGGCCAUAAUGCUUGAGGUCAAAAGCUCAGACACCAUUGACAACGUCAAGACAAAGAUACGAGAUAAGGAAGGUAUCCCCAACUACCAGCAGAUGCUUUUUUUUGCCGGGAAUAGCCUUGAGAAUGACCGUACGUUGGCUAGUUACAAUAUCCAGAAAGAGUCAUCUCUCCACUUGAUUCUCAGAUGUAGAAUGCGAAUCUUUGUAAAUAUGUUUGACAAGACCAGAAUAACCCUUAAGGUCAAAAGCUCAGACACCAUUGGCAACCUCAAGGCAAAGAUACAAGAUAAGGAAGGAAUUCCUAUCGAAAAGCAGAGAUUGGUCUUUGCCGGACGUAUUACGAAUGAUGACUAUACCUUGGCUGAUUACUGUAUCAAAAGGGAGAAUACUCUUCACAUGGUCCUCAUGUUGGGAGGAAUUAUGAAAAUCUUUGUUAAGACUUCUACAGGCAAAACCAUAGCCCUUGAGGUCGAAAGCUUAGACACAAUUGACAUGGUCAAGGCCAAGAUCCAAGAUAGAGAGGGAAUCCCUCCGCACCAGCAGAUGUUGUUAUUUGCCGGUAAACAGCUCGAGGAUGGCCGUUUGGUGGAUAACAGGAUCUGGAAUGAGUCAGUCCUACAAGUCCAGCGUGUAAGUGGUGGAAUGCAAAUAUUUGUGAAAACACUCUAUGAUAAAGUCCUUACCUUAGAAGUUAAGAGCUCAGACACCGUUUACCGUGUAAAGACAAAGAUUCAAGACACGGAAGGAAUCGCACCAGACCACCAGAUACUCAUAUUUGCUUGUAGACAACUGGAGGAUGGUUACAGGCUUGCAGAUUAUAACAUCCAAAAGGAGUCAACACUUCACCUUGUGCGUAUUUUCACAUAAAAUAGACUUUAAUCUAUUCAUUUUUUUUCUUUGUUUUUAACUUAUUAUAUUGGAUUUUUUUUUCUUACGGGCACGAAUUCAAAUUUGUUUUUCACUAAUCUGAUGAUCACCUAAUUAAGAAUGACUAAAACACAAAAUAGAAAAACCGAGAUACCCCUUGGUAAGGAAUCAGCCUCGUGAUAUGAGGGAGAAUAAAACUCCGGCGAUAAGGGCGACUGGAUUGCCAAGCAUGGCGGAGGUGACAAACAACACGGCCAUUCCUUGACUCUGCGUUUCCUGUUAGGACUCAAACUAUAUCAACUCUUAAUAUCUAUUCUAUUAAAACAACAACCAGUUGAUAAAAUGUUAUGUCCAAUUUAUAAUUUCAACAAUACAUAUUUUUAAUAUAACUGCAACUAAAUAUAUAUAAUUUUCAUGUAACCUAUUCUAUUAAAACAACAACAUGAACAGUUGAUAAAAAAGUUAUGUCCAACUUAUAAUUUCAACAAUACAUACAUUUUUAAUAUAAUUGCGACUAUAUAUAUAUAUUUUUAUGUAACCACCACUUAAAUUGCCUAAUAAUCGGCAACCAUUUUUUGUAACUGCAUCCAUAUAUCUUAUUUUUUUUUAUGUAAUCACCACUGUUUUUAUUGUUCAAAACUAGGUUGCAUUGAAACGGAAACGGAUACGUUGAAUCGAAACGUUUUGAAACGUGGAAACGUGAUUUUUGAUUUUAUAUGCUUUGGAAACAUUUAAGAAACGUCUAUAAAUAUAUAUAUAUAACUGAUUAAUAUUUGCAUUCAUUUUUAUUAUAUUUACUAUAUCUUAGAAUGCAAAUAAACAAAUAUCCAUUAUAUUUAAUCAUACGAAAAAAUAAGUCAUUAUUAAACAUCAAAAUCAUAUAAAAAUUUCAAAAUAACAAAAACCCAAUACUUAAAUAUUAAAUAGUUUAACUAAAAUAAAAAUCAUAACAACAAAUCAUAACUAAUUGGAAAGUUUUAGCGUUUCCAGAACAUAAACGCGAGUUUCCAAAAUAGAAACACAAGUUUCCAAUAAGUUUUCAAACUGAGAUUUUUAAGAAACAAGUUUCCAAUGCGUUUCUACGAGUUUCCGAAAGAUUCUGAUUCCGAAACGUGAAACGUACCUUCAACCGAGUUUCCAUGCAACAUAGGUUCAAAACAUACCAAUGUUAAUUAUAGGGUUAAAUUUGUAUUUUUAAAAGCUAAGGUAUAUUGGGACAAAAUCAAUGGAUUUAAAGGUUUAAGGGGAAGAAUCCUUUUCAAUAUGGUUCAAUUGGCCAUUUUUUUUCAAAUUUGAACUCAUUUUAAGUUUAAAUCAUUAGAGAUGCCCUGAGCUUUAAUAUAUAUCAAGUUUCCAUAAUUUCUUCUUUUUUUAAUUCCUGGAGCCUGAAGAAUCUUUUUUCAUAAUUCUAGAUUCUACAGUUUUAAGUUUAUUUUGCACCCCUUUAAUGGUUUUAUUAUUUUUGUUUCAAAUGUGUUUCUCCUUACAAAGAUACAACACUUUUGUGUGUAUGUAUUUUUGUUAUGUAAAAC